AUGAGAGGCGACAACUAUUCUGUUGCUUCUGCAGCCCAAUAUGGUGGGUUCGGCAGACGCGGCAGCGACGAUAUAUCGGAAGAGGUACAGGUGAUGGAUUAUGGCGCGAACAAUCAUGAAACGAAACGACAAUCUAACGACCAAAAAAGAGUGCGCAUCGCAACGAACGGCAACCACGGCCAGGAAGCUGGAGAGCAUCACCCAAGUACGGAGGUCUUUACACACUCUCGAAAUGCAUCAUGGAACAGUAGCAGUCCAGUCAGCGCCAUCCCAGACUCUCUCACCUGGGCUGGCAAGCCGAGAGAGCUUGUACAGCAGCCGCCAGAUACACUCGUUGAACUGCUCAAGCCAGUGGCAUAUACGCCUCCCAAGACUCGGAGUGACAGCGCACUUAGCAAUGGCUCCAACGACUCUGCGAUCAGCGUCAAAGAAAGGGUGGCAGACUUCGAAGCGCAGGUCGUGCCACCCACCCCUAAAGCGUCCGAAAAUCCACUCUCGAGACCGCUCGGCGAAUUGACUAUCGACACAGAAGCCAGACAUGCUCGAAAUGAGAGCAGCUCCUCAACUUCCUCGACUCGUCGCAGACGACAGUCCAAGGGACUCGAAAUCUUCUUCACGCCGAUCGACGUAAGGAAGUCCAAAAUUUUCUUGUCAAGCCCGCAGGGCAGCCCGACAUUUGCAGGAAAGCAUGAGACUCCGGAACGUGGCGAGGAAGACCUGCCGACUCCCAAGGCACCUUCGCGGCCUGUGAGCCAGGUGUAUGUUGGCAACCGUCGACCGUCACCGAAGAAGACGAGCUUCAAGAUCAAGCCAGCUCAGCUGGACCAGCUCGUUAAUGCUCUAGCGAAGUCGCCAUUGAUACAGAAGGAUGUGCGAAAGCACUGGUGGGAUGUGGAUGAUAUUCCAGAUGACGAGACGAUUGGCUCUUUCUCUUCAGUAUCGCUCCCGACCUUGACGUCCGCUUCGACAUUAUACUCCCAGCCUAACCAGCCCUUCCUCGGCGACCACAGGAGCUCUACCGAUAGAAGAGCUAUCCUCGAGGCAGAGUUCGCCCGCGACUUCCCCAAUCAUCCCAACGCGAAGAAGCCCAUCCAGCCAACAAAUAUCUCUUUCGGUGGCGUCGCCCUUACAGACCCAACAGUCCACGGCUCGCCAGUCCGCUACGUGUCCAGAGACUACCGCAGCGGCGCCAACCUCGUCCAAGUAGGCUCAUGCAGCUUCCUCACCGUUCCCUACGGCACAGAAGUAGAAUGCAUGCUCCGCGUCGAAUCACCCAAUACCUUCAGCCCCAACAGCCAAGUAAUGCUCCAAUGCGCCAACCAAGUCGUCAUGCGCAAGACCGGAGCGCGAAAAUUCCUCCUCUCAGCCGAAAUCGACGUAACCACCUCCUUCGCAUGCGCAGCCCUCGCCGAACUCGCAGCGGCCAUCGACAAAGACGCCUCAGAAAUCGAAGUAGUCCCCACUUCCCCAGCACCCCUCGAGUCCCCCGACAUCGACUGGGUGGCCAUAGCAGACGAGCUCCAAGCCACAUCCCUAAUCUCCGACACAAUCGACACCAUAACCCCCCACUUCGGCACCCUCACCCGCGAAACCGCUACAGACGCAACCCUCACUCUCUUAGCCGAGCUCGAAGUAAUCAAAGACAAGCACUCCGACUUCAUCAUCCUCGAACCCACCUCGUUCCACGACAAUGGGAUGCCGGCUAGUAUCCGGCUCCCAUGGGUUUCGCAGCGGUUGUAUCAUGAUUGGUAUGAGACCGAGAAGGGGCAUGGGAAUUCUGCUACGGCGGAGGCGUUUAAGCAAGCUCUUAUCAGCAAGGUUGCGAAGAAUACGCUUGCGGGGGUGACUUUUGGGUGUGGGUUGAAGUGGGAUUGUGAGACGUUGAUUAUGAGGUGUGUUCCGCUGAGGGCGAGGAGGGGCGAGGAGAUUGAUGCUUGGGCUUGUUUUGUUGAGGGUAUGGUGGAGGAGUGA